AUGGUUCCAAAAAAGGAAUCGUCAAAAAGUGAAGAGAGUGGAGCAAUUCCUGAAGGAGACUACGAAAAGGGCAAAAAGUUGUUCAAAUCGCGUUGUGCCCAAUGUCAUGUGAUUGAUUCGACGCAGACAAUGACGGGUCCAACCCUUAAUGGAGUGAUUGGACGAAAGAGUGGAUCGGUGACCGGCUUCGAUUACUCGCCAGCAAACAAGAACAAGGGUGUGACGUGGGACCGUCAGACGUUGUUCGAUUAUCUCUUGGAUCCAAAGAAAUACAUUCCGGGCACAAAAAUGAUCUUUGCUGGAUUGAGGAAAGCCAAUGAACGCGCUGAUCUCAUCAAGUACAUUGAGACGGAGAGCGUCAAGAAGCCAGUG